GUAGCCGUAGCUAGAUCUUUCAUUAUCAUAUAUUUUCCCGCACACUGUCGCAAGUCGCAAGUGUUAACAUUCAUACACCUGCGAGCUGUUUAAGGCAGUGCAGACUCAUCGCCGAAAAAAUCUCUACCAAAACACCGUUUUAUUCUUAUCGUGGAGGACUACGCGGGGUUAAUUUUGCGAUUGCUUGACGUACGCCGUGCGCGACGAGUUCACCAUCCUCGGCAAUAUGAUUAUAACGUUGAAAAACUUACAACAGCAAACGUUCACGAUAGAGAUCGACUCGUCGCAAACUGUCAAAGAUCUCAAGGAGAAGAUCGAGACGCAGAAAGGCUUCCCCGCCGAGCAUCAAAAGUUGAUAUACGCUGGGAAAAUAUUAGCGGACGAGCAGCCCUUAACAGAAUAUAAUAUCGAUGAGAAGAAAUUUAUAGUUGUUAUGGUAACGAAGCCUAAAGCUGGAGCUACACCUAAAACAAGCGAAGAGCAGCGCGCAGAGGGUGAUAAGAAGGAAGAGUCUACUAGCGCGGCAACUACGCAACCUAGUUCAAAUCCUAAUGUUCAGGAUACUACACGAGCAGCCAGUAAUGUGCAAGAGCAACCCGCGGCAGCUGCGCCAGCGGCUGGUCAAGCAGAAAGUGCCUUGCUAAUGGGAGAGGAUUAUAAUGCUAUGGUAAACAACAUCAUGGAUAUGGGGUACGAACGCGAACAGGUUGUACAGGCGUUACGUGCAAGUUUUAACAACCCUGAUAGAGCUGUCGAGUAUCUCCUAACGGGUAUACCAGCGCAACUUUUUGAGGAUCCACCUGAAGAUCCGCCGGAAGCCCAAGAGCAACUUCAGGAUCAAAGUCCAGAUCCGUUGGCCUUUCUGCGUUUGCAGCCACAAUUUCAGCAAAUGCGUCAGGUCAUUCAGCAGAAUCCAGCGCUGCUGAACAGUCUUCUUCAGCAAAUCGGUUCCACUAAUCCUGCCCUUUUACAGCUUAUUUCUCAAAAUCAAGAAGCGUUUGUACGCAUGCUCAAUGAACCUGUGGAACCUACUACGGGAACGGGGGCGCGAGUUUUGCCAGCAUCUGGAGGAGGCGUAGCACCCGCAGCUGCUGCUGCAGCUGCAGCUGCAGCGGGAGGUGCUGUGAAUGGUGGGGCUGGCACUGGCGCAGCAGCGGGCGUAGGAUCCGGUUUAAUACAGAUAACACCACAGGACAGAGAAGCUAUCGAGAGGUUGAAGGCGUUAGGUUUCCCAGAACAUUUAGUCGUACAAGCAUAUUUCGCCUGUGAAAAGAACGAAAAUCUCGCUGCUAACUUCCUACUUUCGCAAAACCUCGACGACUGAAUCGCUCAUCUGAUUUUACGCGGCGUUUCGAAUAAAGAACAGGACUGACAGAGGGUGGAUGAUCGCACCAUUAUCAUUUUUACCUUACAAUAAUCAUCUUUAUUUUGUAUAUAGAUAUACACAAUAUCUAUGCUAUUUUUAUUUGUUGUGUAGAUAAAAACCCUGGUGUGUUUGGUAAGCGCGUGAAUCUUAAGAUAAGCGCAUACCAUAACAUUACAUAUAUGUCAACUCUUAAGCAUUGUUUCAUACUUUUAAAAACAUUUCAUUUAAUAUGUAACACAUGUUUAUGAGAGAAAGAAUUGUUGCUUACAGCAGACGGUGUUAUAAAAUCCAUCCUUACAGCCUACAAGUGCUCUAAGAUCUUAUAUUUCUUUAAUAUAUAUGGAGCAAUAUAAUUGCAUUUUUAUAUGAGAAAGCCUUACGAGCCUUACUCUGCAGAAAAAUAUCUUGCAGUAGUUACAUAUUGAGGGUCGGGCAUAUAUAAAUUGAAGAUGUGUUCACUCUCGCGUUAAGGUAUGUUUUAUACAUAUCUAAAUGUUCGCAUGUAAGUAUAAUGAGUGCAUUUUGUACAUUUCUUGGCUUUCUGAUAUAAAAAUUAUAGAAUGCAUCUGUUUGGGCAUGUGUACUUGCGUAUAUUCGUAUUUAUGUAUGUAUGUACAAAGAGAUUUUCUACUUUUAAAUGAUAAUAUCGCUAAAUUAACUUAAAUGUUAAAAAGCUCUCUUGCUUGUCACAAUUCAGUAAAUUGUAACAGGGUGUAAAAAAACUAACUUGUCAUAUAUAUAUAUAUUACAAUAUAUAUAUAUUACAAUUAUAUAUAUAUAAUUUUAUUCUUAAUCUUUGGAUCUUGAUAUCUUGAAAAUGUCAUAAUAAGUUUUUACUAGUGGUGCGAUGUUUUUUGCCUAUAAAAUUAAUUAGAUUGUAAUUGAAGUAAAACAGUUGUAAUACUAUGAAUAAUAUUGAAAUUAUAUUAACGUCUGAAUAUUAAUUAUUACGUAGAUUAUUACGGAAUUCUAUUAGAGAUAGACUAUGAGACAAAGUAUUACAAACUAUUCCAAACGUGACUUGCCUGAUUGUAUCUUUCCUUGCAGCAUAAAGCAAUAUUAACAUUUUUUUUGACACAAAGAAUAAUUCAAACAAUAACUUGUGUGUCACAUAACGACAUACAUACGUAUGUACGUAUUUAUGCAUGUUACAUAAGUAGGAAAUUCUUAAUUCUUAAAUUUGUACCAUACAGUUACUUAUUAAUAUCAUUAAAACAAUAAUAAAUAUUGAACAAUUUUCAUCGCUCUUACAUAUAUUUAGUGCAAAAACAAUAUAAAGAAUUAUUCGUUGGAGGGUUGUAGUAACAAUUACAUAAAAUUCCAAUCUGUUAUAUUGACUCAAAUUUUAUAUCCCCUUUUUUUUUAUAAAAAUAGAGAAAUUAUUAAUAGAGAAGAACUGCUGUUAAAACAACACAUUCUCUGUUGUGUGCUCAACACACUUGUAAUACAUAGUAUAAAUGAAUAAAUUACGAUUUCCACAAA